AUGCAUGGUGACCAGACCCCAGUCGAAGGGGGCCAGAUUUACCGCAAGAGACCACGCCAUACAAAAUACUACAUGGCGCCAAGGUUCCUGACUGACCGGGAGGCGUUGUCCCUUGUACGGUAUCGACACCCUCUAGCAUCCUCAACGAAUGAUUCUCAGGCCACGGCGGGCAGAAUGAGAUGGCGCCAACAUAGGGAGGCCAUGGAUCCGGGCACACGAGUGUCUAUACGCGGGAUUAGACACUUUUCCAACGGCUCGACACAGGCAAAGACGGAACCACUCAACUAUCCAGGCCAAAGUCUGCUACAGUAUCCAGUUACGGCACUGAGAGGCCCGAUUCUGGGGACCGCAAAUCUGGCAUCUCCCCUGCCCCAAAAGCCAUCCCAAGUGAGCGCAUCGGCGGUCAUGGUUGCAGGACUAGCACGGGUGCCACCGGCAGCGACUGCUGGAUUUCGCAAUGAUCAGGCGUCUCCAGCUCUCCAGCUACAGUACACGCCAAUUGCGUGCCGCAUCCCUCAUCGCGGUGUCUGCAGCAUCUCCCUGGGCACCGCCUUACUCAGAGUCGGUGGUACCUGUUUUGAGUACAACGCCCCGACCGCUUCUGUGCUCGAUUCAGUUGACACGGGCUGCCAAGCGUCUACGGCGUGCAUCCAACGCCCAACAGCUGUCGCCUAUACCCUGCGUACUAUCUUUCUCCUUUACACAUGCAUUGAUGUGGAGGAAAGAAGGAGGGGACAAAAGGCUCUUUGGCUUUGCGCAUGCAUGCAAGCGCGCGAUGUCGUUCUCAGCGGAACUGCUGGUGCUCGUUGCCGGAGGAAACUUUCGGGCACAGAGCACGCGUACCGUGUACAUCCCGUAGACACACGUGGCGCCAUGUGUCUGCGGUGA